CCCUGGGAGCUAGAGAAAAGAUCCCGGUUUCGGAGCGCACAGAGGGCCCGAGUCUGCUGCGCUAGGCAGUCUCGGGAGCGGGAGCAAGCGAUACAGCUGCUGCGAAGCCCACCCUGGACGGGGAGUGAGCUGAACUAAGGCCUGGGGAGUGGGAGAGUGGCUGUGGACGCCCAAGGGAGCAACCUCCCGGGGUCCAAGAAGUUCCCAUUGGAAAGCGAAGUUAGGCGCCAACUAAGCUACUGAGACCCGAGCAGAAAAAGUCGUAGCCGGGGCUGGGCGGCCUCGAAGAUGGCUGUACAGGCGGCUAUCCUCAGUCCCCAUCACUUCAUCCCUUUUUGCUUCCCCGGGUCUCCCGGGGCUCUAGGGAUGGACUUUGGGGACCUGGACAAGGGCUGUUGCUACGAAGAGGACGAGACUGGGGGGACCGGUGUUGCCUUGCUUGGUGAAGCUGUGGCUGCCGAGGCAGCCGGCGGCGGAGGCGGUGGCGGGGACUUCAGGGAGGCUACUCGGGACCUGCUGAGCUUCAUCGACUCGGCGUCCAGCAACAUCAAGCUGGCUCUGGACAAGCCUGUCAAGUCCAAGCGGAAGGUGAACCACCGCAAAUAUCUCCAGAAGCAGAUCAAGCGCUGCACUGGUAUGAUGACCUCGUCUUCGGCCUCUGCCUCGGGCCCUGCCCCGUCCGUCUCUCCGUCCCCUGGCUCCGCAGCUGCUGUCCCGGCUGGGGCUCCCGAGGUGCCCCCGAAGCGACUGCCUGCCGCCUCCCCCACAACCCCAGGUCCUCAGGGCAAAGCGCCCCCGAAGCGGGAGGGCUCCCAAGCGGCCGCCAGUCUGCAGAGCAAGAGCCUGGCUGCCCUCUUCGAGUCUUUGCACCAGGUUCGAGGCAACGGUGGUGAAAAAGGAGGAGCCGGAACCUUGGCUACGGUGGCUGGAGGAGGAGGUGGAGGCGGCGGCGUGGGAGCCGAAGGAGGAGGUUCAGUUGUGGCAGCAGCUGGGGCCGGUGGGGGCAAGAAAGUCCCUCUGAGGAAUCGAAAUCUACCCCCGUCCUUCUUCACCGAACCGUCUAGGGCAGGUGGAUGCGGCCCGUCGGGGGGCGGUGUGACCCUUCGCGAGCUGGAGAAAGGCGGCGAGGCGGUAGAGUUUUUCGAGCUGUUGAGCCCAGAUUACUGUACGGGAGGAGAGGUUGGGGGGUUACUGCCCUCCGAGCCUCUCGACUUGUUCCCAGCUGCCGUGCGGGCCCCCCAGGAGCUGGAACACAUCGUAUACGAUCCGCACCCCACCGUGGUAGCAGGCUUGCUAUAUUCAGAGCCGUGGAGCACCCAGUGCCCCCCAGCCAAGAAGCCUGUCCCUGCUUCCAAUCGUGGGGGCGGCGGCUUGACCUUGAACGAAACUUUGCGCGCCUUGUACCCCGGCACCUCAGACUCCGCUGCUUCCAGUCUGGGCUCCCCUGGGGGAGAGGACACCGCGGGCCACCUGACGCCUUUCUCCCAGUUCUUCCCUGACUGUGCCCUGCCAACCCCACCUCCUCCCCACCAGAUGCCUUAUGAUUACGGGGUGGGGUACAGCCGGGUCGCUUAUUCUGGGCUUUAGAGAAUGGACUCUGGAGAGAGGGGGCAUCCUUGAAGGAGAAAUUGUGUAACAUGAACUCCAUUGUAUGUACUCGUAACUCGGCCGUGGGCGAAACGGCGCGGCUCUCCCUUCUAAGCUGAAAGAUCGAUUAAAAAGUAGACGUGACAAUGAAA